CUUCCCCAGGGCACGUGGCCAACACACCCAACCCGUCGACACAGUGUAACUUUGAUCCUCCCAUCUUUUUAGUCCCCUCCCGAUUGACUUAUCUCUGGCUAACUUUAAUUGUCACCCAGAAUUCGGACCACUCCGUUUACUUUGAUACCCCUCACUUGACAAUCGUCGGACCAAACGGGACAACUCAAAGAAGACGAAGAAGAAGAACAACACACACAGACACAUAUAGAGUCAGCUCCCGUCGUUGCCUACCAUGGAGAAGAAUCGCGACAUCGAAAAGGACGACCUCGAACAUGUCGACGAUAAAGCCGACCAGAGGCUGGACGCCAAAGGCCCCGCAGGCUCAGAUGGCGACGAUCCCGAUCAUGGCUUCACCCUUCGUGAGCAGCGCCAAAUCGUCCACCGCAUCGACCGCCGUCUAGUCGUCAUUCUGGGACUCAUGUACUGCGUCUCUCUUAUGGACCGUACUAAUCUGUCUGCUGCUGCCAUUGCCGGAAUGACCGUUGAGCUGAACUUGCUCAUCGAAAACCGAUACAACAUCGUCUCCCUCAUCUUCUUCAUCCCCUACAUCAUCUUCCAACCUCCCUCUACCGUCAUCAUUCGCAAGAUUGGUCCCCGUAUCCACCUGUCGGUCAUCUGCCUCUUCUGGGGCGCCGUCAUGAUAGGCAUGGGCUUUGCCCAGGACUACGGCCAGCUUGCCGUCAUGAGAACCUUGCUCGGCGUCCUCGAGGCCGGAUUCUUCCCCGGCUGCGUUUAUCUCCUUAGCACGUGGUAUACCCGCUACGAAGUAGGAAAGCGGUACUCGGUCUUCUACCUCCUCGGAUGCGUCGCAUCGGCCUUCGCCGGCAUCCUCGCCUACGGACUCAUGCAGAUGAACGGCCUCGCCAACCUCUCCGGGUGGCGCUGGAUCUUCAUCAUGGAGGGCAUCAUCACCUGCCUCAUCGCCAUGAUCGGCUACUGGCUGCUCGUCGACUUCCCCGACGCCGGCAAGAGCGACUGGCGCUUCCUCGGCGACCGCGAGCGCGCCUGGGUCGUCGACCGCGUGAACAGGGACAGGGGCGACGUGGCCACCCCGCCCUUCAACCUGCGCCGCUUCUUCUCCGCCGGCCUCGACUGGAAGAUCUGGGCCUACGCCCUCAUCUUCUUCGACACCACCACCGUGUCGUACGCGCUGGCCUACUUCCUGCCCAUCAUCCUGCGCGAGAACAUGGGCUUCAGCAUCGCCGAGGCCCAGUGCCUCGUGGCCCCGCCCUACGCCUUCGCCGGCAUCGUCAUGUUCGCCGGCGCCUGGUGCGGCGACCGCUUCCACGUGCGCGGACCCGUCAUCGUGGCCAACGUGCUGCUCUGCCUCAUCGGCCUUCCCAUCAUGGGCUUCCACCCCUCCGCCAACGUGCGCUACUUUGGCGUCUUCCUCGUCACCGCCGGCGCCAACUCCAACAUCCCCGCCGUCAUGGCCUACCAGGCCAACAACAUCCGCGGCCAGUGGAAGCGCGCCUUCUGCAGCGCCACCCUCGUCAGCUUUGGCGGCAUCGGCGGUAUUGCCGGCAGCUUGGUCUUCCGCAACCAGGACAUCCCCCACUACCGCCCGGGCAUGUACGCCUGCAUCGCCGCCUCGCUGCUGACCGUCGUCCUCGUCGGCUUGUUGAGCGUUGAUUUCUACUUCCAGAACCGGAAGGCUGACAGGGGCGAGAAGGAGCUCGAGGGUGCUGAUGAGGAUGCGCAACCCGGUUUCCGAUACACGUUUUAAGGAGUUGGAUGUGGACUGUUGAUGAGAAGAUAGGCCAUUUAAGACCUAUUCUUGUUUUACCAUUUGGGUACCUGCAAAGACGAGACUCGGGCAAGAUGGUGUUGGUGUCUGUCGAGAACAUUUUAGCUUGCGUGAAUUAAGUAAUGGCAGUCGCAGUCAGAUCUGAAUGGUUAUUUGCACGUAUUUUUCCUCCGUUGGGCCCCGACGAGUGGGACGUGUACCCUCCGUACUUCUAUUCUAUACCUACCUUACUCCGAGCCUUG